CUUGCUCGCGCAUGCGCACAAAGGUCCAACUACGGGGUCCUGUGUCCGAAUCCUGCACGAGGUGAAAGCGAAAUGGAGGACUCACCCUCCACGCCGCCGCCAAGCACAGAAGCGACUGCAGCUUUCACCUCAAUUCCAGAGGCUCCGAGCGCAGAGGAACAGCUAGACAAAAAUCAAAUUAGAAAGGCAGUGGAAGCUCUCUUGGCACAUUGCAAGUCCAGGAAAAACAAUAAUGGAUUCCUUUUGAAUGAGAAUGAAAAUUUAUUUUUAAUGGUGAUAUUAUGGAAAAUUCCAAGUAAAGAACUGAGGGUCAGAUUGCCCUUGCCUCAUGGUAUUCGAUCAGAUUUAGAAGAAAUCUGUUUAUUUACCAAGGAUGAGCCCAAUAAAACUCCUGAACAGACAGAACGUUUCUAUAGAAAGCUUUUGAACAAGCAUGGCAUUAAAACCAUAUCUCGGAUUAUACCACUCCAAACUUUAAAAAAGGAAUAUAAACCCUAUGAAGCCAAGCUCCGCCUUAUGAGUAGUUUUGACUUUUUCCUUACUGAUGCUAGAAUUCGGAGGCUUUUACCCACACACAUUGGGAGACAUUUCUAUCAAAGAAAGAAAGUUCCAGUAUCUGUGAAUCUUCUAACCAAGAAUUUAUCAACAGAGAUCAAUGAAUCUAUAGGUGGAACAGUCUUAAACAUCUCUAAAAGUGGUUCUUGCAACACUAUACGCAUCGGUCACACUGCAAUGCAGACUGAACAUAUCACUGAAAACAUCAUUGCUGUCACCAAAGGGCUUUCAGAGAAAUUGCCAGAGAAAUGGAAGAGUGUGAAACUCAUGUUUGUGAAAACUGAGAGAUCGGUUGCCCUCCCCAUCUUUUCUUCAUUUGUCACCAGUUGGGAUGAAACUACCAAACAUUAUCUUCCUAAGAAGAAAAGGGUGACAAAGAAAAGUCCACAACGAAGACGUCUUGAAAAACAAAAAUGGAAGAAGAAAAACAGAAAGAUACAGCAACAGCCUUCAUCAGUCUUAACAAAAGGUAACAUAGCACCUAAAAGUGGUGCUCCAGUGAAGAAACCUGGAACCCAAAAGAAGACCCCAGAACAUGGGAAGAAAAAACGUGGCGGAGUAAAAGCCCAACUUAAAUUGACAAACGACUCUGAAGAUGAAAUUCCACAGCUGGUACCAAUAGGAACAGCUCCAGCUAAAGAAAAUGUAGAGACUCAAAAACAUGCCACAGGAAAUAAGUCUUUAAAAAAGAGAAAGGCCUUACCAGCUUCAGACGCCAUGAAAGCUGCAGAGCCUGAGACCCCGUGUGAAGCGCCAGGAAAGAAGCCAAAAAUGAGAGAAGAGGCAGAGAAGGAAAGAAAUCCUUUACUGACAAAAAAAGACCCAAGACAGACUCCAAAAAAGCCAGAGGCCAAGGUCUUUGCUACUUCUACUAAAUCUGCAAGAAAAGCUCCCCGCACCCCUAAACGAUCCCCCAAAGUCCCUCAUUCUACCUAAAGUCAGUGAUUGAACCAGAGGUAACAUCCAAGCUACCUGAAGAGCUUUUUAGAAAUACUGGUGUCUAGCUGGGCUUUGUGGCAGGCGCCUGUAAUCCCAGCUACUCCAGAGGCUGAGGCAAGAGAAUCGCCUAAGCCCAGGAGUUGGAGGUUGCUGUGAGCUGUGACGCUACAGCACUCUACCUAGGGCGAUAAAGUGAAACUCUGUCUCUACAAAAAAAUAAAUAAAUGAAAA